AUGUCUUCAUCUGGAGGUAGCGCCCCUGGCGAAUUUGCCCACGGGAAGGUCGACCCCCAUGAGGCUGGCAAGAAGGGUGGUCUCGCGUCUGGAGGCGGCACCUCGGGCGGCAGUGACAGUAGCAACACCGGCUCAAGCGGCGGCAGCAGCGGCAACUCUGGUGGCAGCCAGAAGGGCGAGUUUGCUCACGGCAAGGUUGACCCGUCCGAGGCCGGCAAGAAAGGUAAGCGAGUGCUGCGUGCAAUUGGGACGUGA